UACCGUGAGAGCUGUGAUUGGUCACAGCUUGUCACAUGGUACAAGGCUGUUGUGAAUAGCCUUGUACCAUACUUCACAAGUAGUAAGCAAUGAUGUCAGAAGUGACAUCUUGCUUACUACUGUUCAUGUGAUCACUGAUUGGCCAAUCAGUGAUCACAUGAUUGGGACCUCACACAGGAGGUCCCAUACAGCGAUCUGUGUACAAGGGGGCACGCACAGGCUGAAAAUGCGGGCGCAGUUUAUGAACGGCAACCCGCUCCUGCACUGCUCCCGGUGGGCCGUUUAUGUACAUGGGCCGGGAGGGGAGUGGUUA